AURAGCAACGUCUAUGAAUAAGUAAUCUCAUUUUCACUUUCGACUAGUGGUCCACAAAGAUGUUCCACCAAGUGUUUUUCCUUCUCUUCCUCUUGAAGUUAUCGGCCGUGGAUGCCUUAGUCUGCGRUAGCAAARACUGUMGAGGCUGCACUCAGCAAUCCKUCUUKGGCRCCACRUGCAGAUGGUGCAACAGAGAUUCAGAGUGCCRUGUUCCUGCRUCUCUAUCAAACCCUUGCAAGAGRGCUGAAAACGUUCUUAAAAAGUCCCACUGCGAUGAUAAGUUCUCCAGAUACGACCCACAGUUGUCCUUGAAAAUGCUUCUUCUAUCUGCWGCGGCGUAUGACCCAAGUGAUCCUCAAGAGUGUUUAGCUAAUUCUCUUCCUUCUGCAAAAUUUCAGCUUCAGGAGGUAGUUWCUAGGAARUGUGACGASMAARACAACAAGUGUUCUGYAUAUUURGCYGUUUCGCAUGUGCUGAAAGUUGUCGCUGUUGCUUUUCGUGGAUCUUUGGGCCUCGAUCAAGCAUCGCAAGUGUUUCUAAAGACCUUAACGGAACCAAARGAAAAGUUUUUGAAGGAUUUAGAUGGCGAGGUUCAGACAUACUGGAAGGGAGGAUUUGAUAAAUUAUGGCCAUGCUUAAAGGAGGAUAUCAAAAGACUUGUUUCCGCUCACCCAUCUUAUCAAGUUUGGGUAACUGGACAUUCUCUUGGUGGCGCGAUGGCAUCGCUUGCCAGCACCUGGUUAAGUCAUUACAAGAUUGUUCCACGUAAAAAUCUGAUCUCGUAUACGUUCGGGAUGCCUCGAGUUGGGAAUUUACGGUAUGCCUACGAGCACGACUUGCUUGUCAACAACAGCUGGCGAGUCGUUAAUUACGAUGAUGCWGUUCCUCACUUUCCCACCUUACCAUCAGUAACUCUGAUAACUGCCAACAAUCCAUAUCAUCAUGGAAUUGAGGCUUAUUACACGGCUAAAGCUACCAGUGCAAAUUCGCCGCAUAGAGAAUGCCAUGGGAAACCGUACAAUGAAGACCUUCAGUGCAGCUUCACCACAGUUCCAAAUUUUGUCGACUUAACAAACCACCGAGUCUAUUUUGGAAUUCGCGUUGGUGAAUUUUUUGAAACAAGAUGUCGAGUUACUACCUCGAGUCGAAACAAAAGAGAAACUGCUAAGAUGCCACAGGUGAAGUUUCAAUAUAAGAGUUCCGUCUGCUCAAAGUAUAAAUACACGAAUGGCUCAUACGUAAUGGAAAUAUCGAAGUCGUUCCACGUCACCGCUUCAAAGACUUUAGUUACUGUUUCGUUAGUUUUGCAUUUGAUUAUGAAGUAGUGAAGAGGCGCGCUCGAUCAGUUCGAUACGUCUUGAAAUUGUCAAUAAUCUUACAGCAAUAAUCGUACAGCACUGUCAUGAAUCAGUCUUAUAGAUAGCUUAAAACUACAUGACAUUCUCAGGAACUUGAAGGGUGAAAACUAUGUAAUCAUUGCGCUGUCAUCAUGCCGUACAAUGUAACACAAAGCCGGAGUGUUGAUUAUUUGUUCAGUUACAGCGUUUACGUAAGCCCUAUAAAUCACUUGUUAUUGUUCAGCAAUAGUAUUAUUAUUGUUUGUCGAUUAGUGUUAUUGUUAUUGAGAUUUAUAACUAUACGUUUUUGACUUUAUUUCGAUGCAAAAACGAGUUAAAAUCGACUCUGUUUGAACCAUAUUUAUCCACAAUAUAUCUACACUUUCAGCAGAUCUGUUAAUUCUUCAUGCAGAGUUCCUCUAUUGUUUUUGUGAGCCUCUGCUGCAUCGAUGCUGCAACCAUUGUACAAACAUUGCUCCUCAGUCUUUGCAUUUGGGCUUUAUUGCACAAACGUUUUUAAAACAAGAAUAGCUUGAAGCAAUUAAAGGAUUGAUCAGUUUGAA